AUGAGUGCGCCAGUGGAAAAAGAUCCAGUUCAUUUGCAGAGCACACAAAAUCAGUUACUUGUUAAAAAUGGCACACUUAUUAACGAGGACGCAAUGGCUGAUGAAGAUAUCUACAUCGAAAAUGGUGUGAUAAAACAGAUAGGCAAGAAUCUAAUUGUCCCCUGUGGUACUAGAGAAAUCGACGCCAAGGGACGCUACAUUCUUCCAGGUGGGAUCGACCCACACACUCACUUCGAAUUUGAAUUCAUGGGUACAGUGUCCGCCGACGAUUUCCACCAAGGUACCAAGGCCGCAGUUGCGGGAGGUACCACCACUAUUAUCGAUUUUGCUUUUCCAAAAAAGGGGGAAUCCUUAUUAGACUGCUUCUGUAAAUACAGGCAAAAGGCUGACGGUAAAGUAUGCUGCGACUAUUCCCUACACGUUUGCCUUAAUCAUUGGUCGGAGCAAGUGAAACGUGACAUGGAAACCCUGUGCAAAGAGCAUGGUGUUAAUUCGUUUAAAAUGUUCAUGGCGUACGAUUUUAUGUUGAAUGAUGGGGAAUUAUACAGUGCUUUCGACCACAUACGAACAUUAGGGGGAGUUGCACAAGUCCAUGCUGAAAAUGGUUCCAUAAUUGCCAAGAACGUAGAAAAACUUAAAGCCAAAGGCAUAACACGUCCCGAGGGACAUGGGAUGUCCAGACCAGAGGACGUGGAAGCUGAAGCUGUCAAUAGAGCAUGUGUCAUUGCACACCAGGUAGACUGUCCGUUGUACGUAGUGCAUGUGAUGAGUAAAUCAGCGGUAUUAGCAUUAGAUCAGGCACGCAAACGGGGGACCCGCGUGUAUGGAGAGACUUUGGCUGCCGGUCUGGGUACUGAUGGAAGUCACUACAAACAUGAAUGUUUCGAUCACGCCGCCGGUCACAUUCUUAGCCCUCCUCUUCGACCAGAUCCCCAGACACCGUUUCACUUAAUGAAUUUCUUGGCACAAGAUGUGCUGCAAGUAACGGGAAGUGAUAAUUGCACGUUUACAAAAGAACAAAAGAAGUUGGGCAAAAAUGAUUUUACAAUGAUUCCUAAUGGCGUCAACGGGGUAGAAGAUCGUAUGAGCGUUGUCUGGGAGAAAGGAGUGCAAAGCGGUAUCAUAGACCCGUGUCGGUUUGUUGCCAUUACGAGUACAAACGCAGCCAAAAUAUUCAACUUGUACCCCAGAAAAGGGUGCAUAGCCGUCGGAUCAGAUGCUGAUGUUGUAAUUUGGAAUUCCAAUGCUACGAGGGUUAUAUCAGCUAAAACACACCACCAUGCAAUCGAUUUUAACAUAUUUGAAGGAAUGGAAUGUCAUGGAGUUGUCAUAGUGAAUGGAACUGUUUGUGUCGACGAGGGACAGCUCAGAGCUGUACAGGGUCACGGCCGUUUUAUAGAAACACCCACUUAUCCACCUUUUGUUUAUGAAUCAAAAUAG